CCGACCCUCCCCCUCCCCGCCGCGGCGUCUGACGUCCCGCGCGCGUAGGGGCGGCGGAGCUGCGCGGAGAGCCGGGCGGGCUGCAGCGCGGUGUGAAGAGAAAAAAAUGACAAUCCAGUGGGUGGCAGUUGCAACCUUUCUUUAUGCUGAAAUAGGACUCAUUUUAAUCUUCUGUCUGCCUUUUAUUCCUCCUCAGAGAUGGCAGAAGAUUUUUUCAUUUAGUGUAUGGGGUAAAAUUGCAACUUUCUGGAACAAGGCUUUUCUUACCAUUAUAAUCCUAUUGAUUGUUCUGUUUCUAGAUGCUGUGAGAGAAGUAAGGAAAUAUGCCUCCAUUCAUACCAUUGACAAGAGCUCAACCAGCAAACUUGGUGCCUAUGAACAUACACAGAUGAAACUUUUUAGGUCUCAAAGAAAUCUUUACAUUUCUGGAUUUUCAUUAUUUUUUUGGCUAGUGUUGAGACGUCUGGUUACACUUAUUACUCAGCUGGCAAAAGAACUAUCAAACAAAGGAGUGCUUAAAAGUCAAGCAGAAAAUACUAAUAAUGCUGCGAAAAGAUUCAUGGAAGAGAAUGAAAAACUAAAAAGGAUCUUGAAAACCGCGGAUGAAGAAAACACUUUUGAAACAGAAAAUAAAAAACUAGUAGAAGACCAGGAAAAACUGAAAACUGAAUUAAAGAAGACUUUAGAUGCCCUUUUUAAGGCACAAAGUGAUGUGAUGACAAUGAAGAUGCAGUCAGAGAGACUUUCAAAAGAAUAUGAUCGACUCCUGAAAGAGCACUCAGAACUUCAGAAUCGCUUAGCAAAAGAUAAUAAGAAAGGCCUGUGAACUGCAUGGAAGAAGAUUCUGAUACACCGUGUCAAAAUAAUAAAUUUGUUAUCAUGGUAGCCACUAGAAAAUUUAAAAUUCAAUUCAGAAAAAUGCACUGUGACUGGCUAAUAGUGUUUUUUAAUCCCACAUAUAGACUAUAUAGUACUGAAAUUUUCAAAAUAUUUGAUAAUGUUUCAAAUACAUUAUAAAGAGUGUAUUCCAGCUCUUUAAAAAAUAUAUAAGCAUGUUAAAUAUAUUUACAUUUUGGUAAUGACA